AUAAAAACUGCAAGAAGUUAUAGAUGCUCGAUCAGUUUGGAGAGUCCGCCUUGUCCGCGCGCUGUUUCGCUCCUUCGCAGAACCGGUGGAGAUAGCAAAGCCCGCCGCCACCGUGAAGCGUCCGCACACACACACACACACCGCCCCUAGCGUCUCUGGGUCACGGUCUCGCCUCUUGGUCUUUUUUAAAGAAGAGUCGUGAAGGGAUUAAAGAGCAACAUGAUUUGUUGUCAGUCUCUGUAGGGCUCGCUGCACCUGGACUGCCAUUGCGCGGACGGAUCUCGCACCAUCUUUUUGUCUUAUUCAUUUUGUUUCCCCCCCACACCGAGGAUACCUGUACCUCUACUGAUGGAACAGGGUCAUUCAAACGGUCUCCUGCUGGCUCCCAACUCCACGUAGAAUUUCCUGGAAGAUCGAGGCCCUUUCCUUCUCCCCACAAACAUGGACUGUUUCCCCAUGCUUUACUUUCUGUCGAGACAUCAUGAUUCCUGGUAAUCGAAUGCUGAUGGUCAUUUUAAUAUGCCAAGUCCUGCUGGGAGAGAGCAACCAUGCUAGUCUGAUACCUGAGGAAGGGAAGAAGAAAGUGCCGGACCUGCAGGGUCGUUCGGCCGCCCAGAGCCAUGAACUGCUGCGGGACUUUGAGGCCACUCUGCUGCACAUGUUCGGCCUCCAGAGGAGGCCCCGGCCCAGCCGCUCGGCCACUAUCCCCCGCUACCUGCUGGACCUCUACCGGCUGCAGUCGGGCGAGGCCGAGGACGCAGGCGCGCCGGACAUUGCCUUCGAGUACCCCGAGAGGUCGGCCAGCCGGGCCAACACUGUGAGGGGCUUCCACCAUGAAGAACACAUGGAGAAGGUGACGGAGAAAGUGACAGAGAAGCGGCCGCGCCACCGGGAAGCCCCACCCCUGCGCUUCCUGUUCAACCUCAGCAGCAUCCCCGAGGACGAGCUGCUGUCGUCGGCCGAGCUGCGGCUCUACCGCCACCAGAUCGACGAGGCGGCGGGCGGCGCCCCCUCCGGCCAGGAGGAGGGGCUCCACAGGAUCAACGUGUACGAGGUGCUGAAGCCGCCGCCGCCGCCGGCGGGAGGCCCCGGUGGCGGCUCGGGGCAGCUGAUCACCCGGCUCCUGGACACCAGGGUGGUCCACCACAACGCCUCCCGCUGGGAGAGCUUCGACGUCAGCCCCGCCGUCCUGCGGUGGACGCUGGAGCGCCUGCCCAACCACGGGCUGGCGGUGGAGGUGCUGCACCUCAACGCCACGCCGCGACACCAGGACAAACACGUUCGCGUCAGCCGCUCGCUGCAUCAGGGGGCGGACGAGGACUGGGAACAGCUCCGCCCUUUGCUGGUCACCUUCGGCCACGACGGCAAGGGUCACCCGCUGACGCGAAGGGCCAAGCGGAGCCCCAAACAGCGAGGCCGCAAGCGCAACCGCAACUGCCGGCGCCACGCGCUGUACGUGGACUUUAGCGACGUGGGCUGGAACGACUGGAUAGUGGCGCCCCCCGGCUACCAGGCGUAUUACUGCCACGGCGAGUGCCCCUUCCCCCUGGCGGACCACCUGAACUCCACCAACCACGCCAUCGUGCAGACGCUGGUGAACUCGGUGAACACCAACAUUCCCAAGGCGUGCUGUGUGCCCACGGAGCUCAGCGCCAUCUCCAUGCUCUACCUGGACGAACACGACAAGGUGGUGCUAAAAAACUACCAGGAAAUGGUGGUGGAGGGCUGUGGCUGCCGCUGAACUGGCGGCGAGCCGGCCCCUGGACUUGGACCGGGCGUGCAACAGCGAUGCAAAAAAAAUAAAGAAAAGUAAAAAAAA